CAGGGCCUAUCAUUCUGAACUCAAAAUAUGGCUGAUGCUGGUUCGGUAAAUUUGAAAUGCUGGAUUAUGCAUUUGUGCAUCUACUUGUGAGUCUUUGUGCCAUUAAUUCUCUAUAAUGGGCUUUAUUCAAAAGGGUCACAGUAAUUUAUCAAGAAGGAAAAGUCAGAUAUUUUUUCCCUUUUAGAUUAUAAAUUUUAGUAGUCAUUGGCCAAAUGAAAUGUUUUUCAUAGGCUAAACUUGCUUCUGUUUUUUAUUUUAUUUUAUUUUCUUCAAUUUUCAUAAGGUUGUGUAUUAAGUACAAGCAGCAAGGCUGAAACCAAAAAGUAUACAAGAUAUCCAAAAUACAAAAUUAUGGAUCUCGUUGAGGGAAGCGAAUUAUUUCAAGCUCAAUCCCACUUGUAUAAGUACAUGUCAAGCUGCACAAUCUCCAUGUGUCUCAAAUGCGCAGUUGAGCUUGGCAUACCAGAUAUAAUCCACAACCAUGGCCGACCCAUCGCUCUCCCUGAUUUGGUCACAGCACUGGAGAUUCACCCAUCAAAAACUAGGUUCGUUUACAGGCUCAUGUCCCUCUUGGUACACUCCGGUUUCUUUGCUGCAACACUACCACUGGAUACAAAUCAAGAACAAGGAGAUCACCAAAAAGAAGAAGAAGCAGCAUAUGAUCUCACCCCUUCUUCUAGGCUCCUCCUGAAAGAUAAGCUCCCCUGCCUGUCGCCCUUUGUUCUUGCACUACUUGAUCCUUGUUUGAUUACUCCAUGUCUAUUCAUGGGAAAAUGGUUUAAAGGGGACAGAGGGACUACUCCAUUUGAGAGUGCACACGGUAUGCAAUUUUGGGAAUAUGCAGACCACAAUCCUGCAUAUAACAGCCUAUUCAAUGAAGCAAUGGCCUGUGAUUCUGAGAUGUUGAACUUGGUUAUUAAAGACUGCAAACCUGUUUUCCAAGGCUUGGGUUCGCUGGUUGAUGUAGGAGGUGGUACAGGAAAAUUUGCUAGGAUCAUCACCGAGACAUUCCCUCAGUUGAAGUGCACAGUGCUUGAUCGACCCCAUGUGGUUGCUAAUUUACCAGACACACAAAACUUGAAGUUUAUUGCAGGUGAUAUGUUUCAGUCUAUUCCUUCAGCUGAUGCUCUUCUGCUUAAGUUGACUUUGCACUCGUAUAGCGACGAGGAAUGCUUGAAGAUUCUGAAGAAAUGCAGAGAAGCAAUUCCAAGCGAUGGAGGAAAGGUUAUUGUUAUAGAUAUAGUGAUUAAUAAGAAUGAAGAUGAGCACGAAGUGACUGAGACAAAGCUUUUGAUCGACGUGAUGAGGAUGUCUGUAGCUACUGGAAGAGAGAGAAGCCAGAGAGAUUGGGAAAAGCUUUUCUUGGGGUCUGGUUUCAGUCGCUACAACAUAGCACCCAUCUUUGGUUUAAAGUCUCUAAUUGAGGUUUUUCCCUAAAUUUAGAAACAAUCAUUUUUAUUGGGAAAAUUAUGCUUCAAUUUAAUGUUUUAGACAUUACAGUAAUGAUCGAGUAUUUAGUUUAUAUAUGUAUUGUGGUUUAAAUUAGAUUUUUAUGGUCAAAACUAGUUGUCUACAGAGUUAAAAUUUGUAUCUGAUAUUAAGUUCAUAAAUAAAAUACAAAUUGCUCUUCA